UGCGCAUGCGGGAGGAUGUCAGGGGCCGCGUUCUCCUUCCGGGCAAGCGGUGGUUUUGCUUCCGGGUGAGGCCGGCCCCGCGCCGCCGCCAUGAAGAUCACGCGGCAGAAGCACGCCAAGAAGCACGUGGGCUUCUACAAGUACAACUUCCAGGUCCGGGAGCCCUUCCAGGUGCUGCUGGACGGCACCUUCUGCCAGGCCGCGCUGCGCAACAAGAUCCAGAUCCGCGAGCAGCUGCCCGGCUACCUGGGGGGCGCCACGCAGCUCUGCACCACGCGAUGCGUUCUAAAAGAAUUAGAAUCACUGGGGAAGGAACUAUAUGGAGCAAAAUUAAUUGCCCAGAGAUUUCAGGUUCGACACUGUUCUCACUUCGAAGAUCCAGUAAGUGGUUCUGCAUGUCUUCUAUCCAUGAUUCAGGAUGGCAAUCCACAUCACUAUUUUAUUGCUACACAGGACCAAGAUUUGGCAAAAAAAGUGAAGAAAAAGCCUGGAGUUCCUCUGCUCUUUAUUAUUCAGAACACUAUAGUACUUGACAAACCAUCUCCAAAAUCUCUGGCAUUUGUUCAAGCAGUUCAAGCAAAUCAGCUUGUUCCAGAGCACCAGAAACAAAGUCUUAAACAACUCAAAGAGAAAGAGGGACUAGGAAAGGAAGAAAAGGAAAAAAGAAAACGUAAGAGGGUGGGUGGUCCCAAUCCCCUCAGCUGCCUGAAGAAGAAGAAAAAAGUGCAAGAGACUAAGCAGCCUCCUGCUGCAAAGAAGAAACGAAAAAGAAAACGAAGCCGGGCUAAACCGCAGCCAGUGCAACAGUGCGCAGAAGCAUAAAGCUGUCCUUAUAAACCGUGCAGGACUUCAGUGUUGCUUGAAUUUUUGUAAAGAUUCUUUUUGCACAAAAAUAAUAUGAAAAUAACUGUGUGUUUGUACUGAACCAUAUUUUUAUGAAAAAAGUAAUACCCUUCCUUGGGAAACAAACACUGUGAGGACAUGUGCUGUGUUGUUUUCUGUACCUCUUAACUAGUUCAUUCAUGCCAUGAGAAAAAAAGACUAAUAAUAUGAAAUCCAUUGCUCAAAGAUUUUCCCAUUGCAAAGUAUGAAGUCAGAGUUAAAUUUCUUGCAUUUAUAAGUGCAAUUGUAUGUUUCAGAACAGGCUGGAUCCAAGUUGACCCUUCAGGUGUCUCCAGUUGGGCAUUGCCAUGUCUUGAAAGGGUUGAUCCUAAUUGAAAGGGUUAAGUCUCUAGAUAUUCCUACUCACUGGCCAUGUCCACAUGAGAUGCUUACUGCUCAGUAGCAUUACAUGGCAGAAACCACAUGAAGCGAUGCUACUGAGCAGCAGUCUUGGGCUAUUACACAGUCAGCGUCACAAGGCCGUUUGUCGGCACUGCUGCACAGUAACUUGGGUUACUGCACAGUCAUUUAGUACUGGUUUAUACAAGUACUAAAUGACUGCGCAAUAACAACUACACAGUCAGUGUCUUUUGUAUAUCAAGCCACUAUAUAGGAACCCCAGGUGCCUCCCAAGAGCAAUCUAGUAACUGUGCCUAGAUGCUGAGCAGGGAGGCAUGUUGAAUGAGCCCCGGGCUGUCCAACUGGCAGCCUCUGAGCUGUAUAUGGCCUUGUAAUAGGGAGCCCUAGCCCUGUUACUAUAAGACAGGUCUACCCCUUUAAGGCCAGAACUUUCUGGGCAGAGAAUGAUGGUAAGGAGGGGGUUAAAUACUGAGCCUGGCCAGCUAGUCAGCUGACCGGAAGGGGCAGGCCAGGACUAUAAAAACCCUGGGCAGAGCGGCAGUAAGGGCCGGCAGCCAAAGGGGGAAGGAGUGCAUCCUGGAGUUCCACGAGAGGCCUGUUGAGUGGUCCAAAGGCUGGAAGAGGGGACUACGGCAACCCUGAGAGACAGCAGCUGCCCCAGAAGCUGAUGGUGGGGAGCUGAAGCACGAAUCCGGCAUAAAAUGAGGUUUAGCAAACACACCAGAAUCCAGGCCUUCCUGAUCCCAGAUCAAUGCUCUCCUCCGCUGCAAUAUUAGAGACCAUCUCUACCAUCUGUGAAAAAGGCACAACAUUGCAGUUCGAAACAGCGAUGCAUUCUGCCUUUGAAAGCAACUCCUGUUUGAGAUGACCUCGAGCUCCUGGUUUGCUCAACAAGCCAGACAACUUGUUAGAGCAUUUGCUGUUGCCAUUUUAAUGCCAAAUUAAAAUGGGAAAGAGGACUAUCUUAAGAGAUUUACAACCUGUCUCCAAGUAAAACAGCACAGGGGCCCAAGCACGUCACCAUUUAAUUAGAGUCAAAUUGUUUGAAAGGAGGACUAUCUAACUGGUGGCCUGUGGGCCGCAUGCUGCUAGGGGUUAAUCUGCAGAGCCCAGGCUUCUCCUGGCUCCUGCUUCCCUGAUUGCUCUGGCUCCAGGGUCUCUAGGAUCCCUCUUCUCUGGCUUUCACUUCUUGCCCCUGUCCCAGGGGGUGGCACAGAGCAGGGUGGAGUGGCUCAGCACACAAAGCAGGAUGGAGUGGUUCAGCAGUGCCAGGGGAGCUGCAGCUGCAGAUUGGGAGUAGGGGGUUCCAGCCUGUAUGGUACAGCAGUGCAAGGAGGAGCUGCCCCCUCAUGUGCCAGAGGAGCUUGCAGCCAGGAAAGUGAGGGGAGGGCAUAGCCCCCACAGUACACGGUCCUUGCAGUUUACAGCCCCCAGCUGUUAAGUUGGAAAGCCCUGUUUUAAAGCAUUGACUGUCCAAGGCUAUGAUAUGAUGUCCCAUCAUGCGUAAAGCUAUUGUAAAGGGUUUAGCAGACUUGGUCAUGCCUUCCGGGUAGAUAGGGCCCUAACAGCAACUUUGAAUAAAGAUGAACAUUCUGGGACACCGAAUGGUUUUUAUAAGAACAGAAAACCAAAGCAGUAAAACAGGAACUGCAGAGGAAAGGUUUGGAGGGUCCUGUUGUCUCAAAAUAAAUGUAUAGAUCCCUUUUUUCAGCAGGUACCUUGAUAAAUAUUAAAGAACAAAAAUGAGUAACCAUACUUUUAGGCUAUCAUACAUUAUGUCUUGUACAAAUUAUCAGGAGAAUAAAACAAUAGGACAACAGCUACGGUCUACACAGUGUUAAUACUGAAUAUGGGGGAAAGAAUUUGUAUAUCUAGGCAAUGAAAGAUAUUUAGCCAAUUCAACUGGCUGGAUUUAUAUGUUGGUGUGAUGUGAUAUUGUACGAUAAAUCAUUCCCUGAGCAGCUGUUAACAACACUAAAUAGAUGAGUUAAUUAGGAGAACUGGAACCUGUGAUGUUUAUGAAUCAUUAAAGUAAAUACGAAUAUGGUAUGACUUGAAAAAUAAAUACAUUCUGGUUGUGUGUGUGUGUGGUAA